AUGAGAUAUUCCACUAUACUAUCAUUCGUUCCAUUGGCUAUUGCCGCAAACAAUAAUGUGGUUGAGCAAAAAAAUGUCGAGGCUGCUGCAGUUUCUGGCGCUGAAUCUGUUGCUAGUGCUGCAACUUCAGGUGCUGGUGCCGCAGCUAGUGGUGCAGCUUCAGGCGCUGGUGCCGUAGCUAGUGGUGCAACUUCAGGCGCUGGUGCUGCAGCUAGUGGCGCAGCCUCAGGUGCUUCAGCUGCUGGUGGUGCUUUAGAGACCGAAGGUGCUGCAGGUGAGAGCGGUGAAGAGACUGGUGCUGAGGAAACUGGUGCUGGUAGUGGUGCUGGUAGUGGUGCUAAUGCCACUGAAUCAGGCGCUGGAUCAGAAGAGACCGAUGAGGGUUCAGAUGCAACUGAAACUGGAUCAGGCUCAGAGGAAACUGGUUCUGGCGGUAGCGGUAGUGGCUUAGGAGGCGGAUCAAGUGCUUCAGACUUGGGAAUUGCUAGUACCGGAAGUCAAACCAAGAGCAGCAGUAGCGGCAGCGAGUCUUCAGAAUCAAGUGACUCGUCUUCAUCUGGUUCAAGUGGCAGCUCAGGUUCAUCUUCUGCUAGUGCUGGUGCUAGCUACUUAAGUGCUGGGGCUUUGGCCUAUGUUGCCGCCAUCGCUUUACUUUAG